CAACUCCUUCUUUAACUUAGCUUCCAUUGCUAAUUCUUGAUGAGUUCUGAAAGCGAUCCGCAGAAGAAAUGCGGGCAGGAAAGGGGUGUGCGCAAAGGGCGUCGAUCUUGCGAUCUGUUACAUUAUAUUCCGCUAUGUUUAUUUACAACGAAAUGUCUCGACUGACCCGUCCCACUAGCACGUGACGCCACGCAGCACGGUGGGCUAACGGUUGACUCUAUGAACACCUUAUUUAAAGAUAUAAACAGUUUUAACAACCAGUUUACGUGUUUAGGCACUGUUUCGGUGACCUAUUGCGUAUUGGUUGUGUAACGGUACAAUAGUCCUAAUUAGCUAAUAGUAUUGGCACAGUAUUUACAUCUAUUUUGGCCUUUAUCAGUAUCCGUAGUUUUAGCAUCACAGAGCCCAAUCAGAAACUGAUUAUUUUUCCGGUCUUGUCCAAUCGUGACUGCGGUAACUGGUCACAUGAGUGUCACUAUGGUUACCCAGCAAAGCUAUGUUUACAAGGACCAAGCUAGCAUAGCUAAAGAGGCGUCGAUGAGCUGCAAUGGCGUGUGUUUGCUCCUUGGAGCUACUGGCGUCGGAAAAACCCUCUUGUUGAAACGUCUACAAAAGCUGAGUUUACAUGGAGCUGGUGACGUGGACGCUCCUCCACAUACUCUGCCAACCGUGGGAACCAACCUAACGGAUUUGACCCUGAGGAGAAAGAAGCUGACAGUGCGGGAGCUUGGAGGCUGCAUGGGCCCCAUAUGGCCCAGUUACUACAAGGAUUGCUCCUCUGUCAUGUUUGUGGUGGACUCAGCCAACAUUGCUCAGGUGUCAUCUUCAUGUAUCCAGCUGUUGUCUGUGCUGUCUGCUGAGCCUCUGCAUAAUGCCUCAGUGCUUAUACUAUUCAACAAGAGGGAUAUGCCUUGUACGAUGAGCCUGGUGGAGAUCCAGUCCCUUUUCCGAUUGGAUGACAUCAUCGCAUCUGCUCCUCAGACUGUCACAACACUGGAGGUCAGUGCCCGCUCUGGGAUGGGACUCCAGAAGGUGUUAAGCUGGCUGGAAUCGGUCGCCAUGCAGAGUAAAUGACCAUAAGUGACAUUUUAUAUAGGCUUGAAGGAAACGUCAAGUCGGAAGAACAAUGGAAAAAUGGCACGUCAAUUAAGUAUAUCGCUUAAUUAAAUGUUUUAUUCACCAGUUGAUUGCAGGGAUGUGUAAUGACUGUGAUGCAUGUCUACCAUUGCGUAGAGUGAGCAGUUUAAUCAAAUGUGUAUAUUAACGGAUUGCUCCCAUUACACUCUUGGUUCACAAGAAAUUAAUUAAACUCAUUUUCUAAUUGAUUAUCAUAAAACCUGAAGCAACACCCCCCAAGUUAUAUAUUUUCUUAACCCCAAUUUUAAUCCCACAUAUGGUUUGCCAACAGAAAGUCCAUGACUUAUCAAAAAUGAGCCCAGGCUAGUGUGUGACACCAGCAGUAGACACACAAACAGCUGAGUGUGCAGGAGAAUUGUUGACAACACAAAACCAGUUGGAGAUAAUGGCAAAGUGCAACCACAACAACUUGUGUGUAUUUUUAGUCACAUGAGCCAAUUAAUAGCCUGAAAAAGGAGAUUUACAUGAUAUUAGUCACAUCAUGUCUAUGCUGUUGAGAGAACCAGAGUGCAUGUAGUGUGUAAAGGUUAGCGGGUUACGACACAAUAUAAAAAAAAGAGCCAAUGGAGUUGCAGUUCAAUUUGAUAUUUCCAGCCUAGUCCUAGUUUUCUGACUGUAUUCUCUCCAGUUGAAGCGGUCCUCAUAGGAAAGGGUUCUGAUUGUUCAGUGCGGCCUGGGACCCCUGAGCACUGCCAGUAGAGAGAGGCAACAAAGGCUCAGGUAGAUCCAAACCGGGCUGGCUGGGAUGAGUGAAUGACGACGGGAGGCUGGCGGGCUGGUGGCUGAUAGGCAGAGGCAGGGAAGCGCUGUACGGAAGAGCGCCCUGCAGUGUGGUCGAGCCCAUUUGAUCAAGAGUUAGUCUGGUCUGGUCCACUUGGAAUGGAUUGCUGGUUGUCGGAGCAACUCCAUCUUGAAUAAAAAGAAAAGAUAAGAAAAUGUAAAA